AUGCCGAAGAAAAAGGGAGGCUCCGGGAGCCUGGGCUCGUCUUUAAUCCGCCAUAGAUUCAACCGCGGUUCGGAGUUUCAGCACGCCGACGAGGGCCGACGCCACGUCAUCGCCGCGGCGGAAGCGGCGGCGAAGCCGGCGCUGGUGUCGGUGGUGGAUCAGAGUGACCUGGAGGAGCUGCUGACGACUGCUGAGCUGGCAGGGCGGGAGUUCGCCGCCCAAAGAGGCAACGCUGAGAUAAUCUACCUAGAUGGUCAUGACGUGGGAGCUGCAGGUGGGAAAGGCGGAAGCAGCAGCGAGCGCAGGGAGCAGGAGGAACUUCACAGGAAGCUUCUUACCAUCCCAAGACGGCCCAAGUGGAGCGCAAGCAUGACGUCAGCAGAAUUGGACGCUAGUGAGAAGGCGGCUUUCCUGGAAUGGAGGCGAUCGCUCUCCGCGGUGGAGGAGAACAACCACCUGGUGGUAACCCCAUUCGAGAAGAACCUUGACAUCUGGCGACAGCUGUGGCGAGUGCUGGAGAGAAGCCACCUGGUGGUAACCGUGGUGGACAGCCGAGAUCCGCUCUUCUACCGCUGCUCUGACCUCGAAGCGUACGUGCACGAGCUGGGAGCAGGGCCUUAUCACAGCAACGAGAGCAGCAGCAACAACCUGCGCACCAGCAACUCGAAAGACGAGAGCAAUAAGGAUUUGGCAGACGGGAGCAGCAGCAGCAGCAGGGAGGGAGGGGAGGGUUCGCCGAGCCGGACUCUGCUGCUGCUGAACAAGGCGGAUCUUCUGCCUUCUGGUGUGCGGCGGCUGUGGGCUGAGUGGCUGAAAGGACAGGGCGUUGAGUUCGCCUUCUGGUCUGCUAAGGCUGCUGCUGAAGGGGUGGAUGGGGAGGAGGAGGGACAGGAGGAGGAGGAGGGGAGGAGAGGAGAGGAGGAGGAGGAGGAGGAGGAUGAGAGUGAGG